AUGUUCUCGACCCUCAGUAUCGUACUGCUCGCCACGGCGCUGAGCGCCCUCCUCUCACUUGCUCCUUCCACACAAGUCGCUGCCGCACCCGCUCCAGCACCUCAAGCAACACAGGCCGCUGGCACCUCAAGCUACUGGCUUGAAAAUAUCGACCACAGCAAAGGCAGCGUCUGGGGACAGAACAACGCCUCAUACGAGAUCUUCCGCAAUGUCAACAAGUUCGGAGCCGUAGGUGACGGUGUCGCCGACGACACCGCCGCCGUACAGAAAGCCAUCGAGUUCCAGGGCCGGUGCGGAUGGGGCUGCAACUCUUCCACUAUCCUUCCUGCAAUCGUCUACUUCCCUGCUGGCACGUACCUCAUCAGUAAGCCAGUCAAGAUGUUCUACUACACGCAGAUGAUCGGAGACGCAACGAACAAGCCUGUCAUCAAAGCCAGUGCCAAUUUCGCAGGCAUGGCUGUCCUUGAUGCCGACCCAUACGAACCAUCUGGCCAGAAUUGGUACAUCAACCAGAACAACUUCUUUCGUCAGGUUCGCAAUUUCCAGAUCGAUCUUACCGGGUCAACAGACACAGCCACAGGCAUUCACUGGCAGGUGGCGCAAGCAACAUCGCUCCAGAAUAUUGACUUCAAGAUGAAGAAGGGCUCUAACCAACAGGGCAUCUUCAUGGACAACGGCAGUGGAGGCUGGAUGAGCGACCUUACCUUCACCGGGGGAAGGUACGGCGCCUUCCUCGGAAGCCAGCAAUUUACCUCUCGCAAUCUGGUCUUCACGGACUGCUCAACGGCCCUUUUCAUGAACUGGAAUUGGGGAUGGACGCUGAGCAAUAUCACGAUCUCCGGCAGCGAGACUGGCAUCGACAUGAGUAACAGCCCAGCCAACCAGACUGUUGGUUCCGUACUUCUCACUGACAGCAAGAUGACCAGUACUCAGUAUGGCAUCAAGACUGCAUACGGUGGGAAUGCAACCAGCAACACCAACAUUCCAGCUACCGGUGGCACUCUUGUGCUUGACAAUGUCGACAUGACUGGUGUCACAGGAGCAGCAGUGUACCAAAACGCAACCGGCGAGACUGUACUCGCGGGUGGCACAAUCAUCGAUGCGUGGGCGCAAGGCAACGGCGCUACCCAAUCGUCCAAGGCAACAACAGAGACAAAGGCUCUUGCCACCAAACCCAACAAGGCCCAGGCGCUUCUUGGACCAGACGGCAAGAUUUUUGGUCGAAGCAAGCCACAAUACGAGGACGUGCCUGUGACGAGCUUCCUCUCCGCAAAAGAUUUUGGCUGCAAAGGUGACGGAGAAACUGAUGACACUCAGUGUGUGCAAAACUUCUUGAACAACGCCAGAGACAACAACAAGAUCGCCUGGUUCGAACACGGAGCGUAUCUUCUCAAGAACACCGUCACAGUCUCACCGGGAACGAGAAUGGUCGGUCAGAUUUGGGCAUUGAUCGUUGCCGACGGUGCUUCUUUCAACGACGAGACGAACCCUCGCCCAGUCUUCCAGAUCGGCAAGCGUGGAGGCGAAGAAGGUGCCGUCGAGAUGUCUGACCUCAUCUUCGAGACCAAGGGCGCUGCGCCCGGCGCCAUCAUGGUUGAAUGGAACAUGAAGUCCAAGCAAGGAGAAUCCGGGAUGUGGGACGCACAUAUCAGAAUAGGCGGUUCUGCUCUCACCCAGCUCUCUCAAGAGCAAUGUCCAGGAAACCCUGCCGGCGUCGAGCCCACGGACAAGUGCAAAGGCGUGUUCCUCAUGUUCCAUGCUCGCCCAGAAUCUGGUGGUAUCUACCUCGAGAACGAUUGGUUCUGGGUCGCAGAUCAUGAUCUUGAGCAGAACAACCAGACUCAGAUCUCCCUCUACAGUGCUCGUGGCGCUCUGUUCCAGUCUAAGGGAGCAGUAUGGGCAUGGGGAAGUGCCUCGGAACAUUCGGUGAUAUACAACUACCAACUUGAUGGAGUUGAAGCUUUCUUCGGAGGGUUCAUGCAGACGGAGACACCAUACUUCCAGCCCAACCCCGAGGUUCCCCAACCGUUCACCUUCGAUGCGAGAUACGAUGAUCCCACUUUCACGAUCUGUUCGAACUCGACAGGCGCAGCGGUACCUUGCAAGGACGCGUGGGGACUAAGGGUGGUCAACAGCAAGAACGUCCUCAUCUACGCCGUUGGAAUGUACAGCUUUUUCAACAACUACGCUCAGCAGUGCGUCUGGAACCACAACUGCCAGGAGAAUAUGAUUAGGAUUCAGAACAGCCAAGUCGACAUGUACACGGUGACGACCAAAGCCGCUGUCAACAUGAUCCAAGACGAUGCUGUUGGUUCUCCUAUCCUUGGCGCAGACAACCGCAACGUUUUCGGCGACACACUGGCGUACUACUUCACUGGGCAGCAAAGCCAAUAG